AUGGGAUUGAUUGUUUAUUCAAAAACAGCGAAACUUAUCGCUGGUUUAGGAACGAUUAAUAACACAGAUGUUCUCAAUCUUGAUAUACCAUUUAUGGAUACAACUGAUGAACCAGAUCUUGAAGGGGCAAUUCAAUUGGCUGUUGCAGAAUUCGAGAAACAAAAAGAUAGACUUUCAAGCCGAAAAGUUAUUGUAUUGAUCGCGUCAACUUAUGAUCCUCUUGGCACUCGAGCUCCUCAAGUUGUAAUGAACGAUUUUCACGCUGAUGGAGGAAUCUCCAUUGUUUUAGACUAUUAUGAAAGCGUGGGUACUGACACCAAACAUUUGCCCGACUUGGCAUCGCCUGGGUAUUAUUUUUACUCCAGAAACAGCUCGAUACCGGACAUGUUACAAGCACAAUGUGACGCUAAUUGUUUCUGUAAGAUCAACUACGUCUAUUUACCGGAAGGUAUAAGACGGCUUCCAACCCAAGGCUGCGACUAUCCUGUGGACCUCGAAUCAAGCUAUGCACUCGCUGAGCGUAAUUGUGAUCGUAAUUACGGAAAUUCACAUCUCGUGGUGGCGAAGACGCAAGAGAAAAACAGUUUCGUCUCCAACUUAACUUUGACAGCGCAGUACCUCGGUCUUAGUUUGAAGUCUGGUGUAUGGACAUGGGAUGAUGGCACGACGCUUGGUUCUUAUCAAAACUGGCUUGCAGCUCCAACAACAAACUCUGAUGAUGGUGGAUGCGCGGUCUUGAGCUUGAAUACUGGGAAGUGGCAGCAGAGCAGCUGUAGAAACGCCUAUGAAUACAUUUGUGAACAAUCACCCUGCUCGAGUGUUCGUUAUUGUCCCGACUUGAAGUCUCUAAACUGUGAUAGGUUUGAAACGGCCAACAUACAACUUACUGCUACAAUGUUACCAACUACCUUGUUCUGUAUCCUUUUAGGAACUGUUUCUGCUUCAGUGCUUGCUCAGAGAGAAAUGCAGAACUCAGGUAUUUAUAUAGUUUCUGCUCUCGAACCUAUUGACAAUAUUGAAAAUAGUGAUGAAAGUGUUUUGACCAGAAUCCCACUCAGCGAAAUAUAUGGUUCGUGCCAACGCUCUGCUCUUUAUGAGCAUAAAUCUCAGAUGUGUCCCUACUCUCUAUGGCAAGAAAUUAUCGAUAUAAUUGAUAAUACAGUUCUUACCGAUGUUGAUGAAUCUGAUGAAACUCUGAAGAAGCUCUACAGACAAGUAUUAGCAGGUUAUCAGAGAGAGGUUCGCCCAGCUCUUCGCCAUGACUUUCCCAUAAACGUGACAUUCGUGUUUUCGUUGACACAAAUCAUUGAUGUCGACGAGCGAAAUCAAAUUUUGACGACAAAUGCUUGGGUGCGACAGGAGUGGACAGAUUAUAAACUUGUUUGGGAUCCAAGAAAUUUCGACAAUUUAACCAAAAUACAUAUCCCGCAUCACAAGAUAUGGAAGCCUGAUAUCAUUCUUUACAAUAAUGCGGACUCUCAGUACAGCAAGUCAAUCAUGUCAACUGAUGUUGUUAUCGACUACUUGGGCAAUGUUAGUUGGGCAUCGGCUUCCAUUUUCAAAUCUUCUUGUCCAUUGGAUGUAAAGCAUUAUCCGUUCGAUAAGCAAACCUGCACACUCAAGUAUGCUAGUUGGGCUUACGAUGGGACGAAAAUUGAUCUUCAAUUACAUUCUGAGAUUGGGGAUCAGACGAACUACAUGAUGAGUACAGAAUGGAAUUUGUUGAAAAUAAGAGCUGAGAAAAAUGCGGUUGUGUAUAGUUGUUGUCCAGAUGCUCCUUAUCCUUUCGUUGAUAUCCAUAUCAGUAUAGAACGACGGCCAAUGUUCUAUGUCUUCAAUCUUAUCCUGCCAUGCGUACUUAUUAGUGGAAUAGCCCUGCUAGGAUUUUACAUGCCAUCCGAUUCUGGAGAAAAAGUCACUUUAGGCAUAACUUCCUUAUUGUCUACUACUGUGUUUUUGAUGUUAGUCGCCGAAGGAAUGCCACCGACUUCCGAAGCUCUUCCUCUGAUAGGCAUUUAUUAUGGAGUAACUAUUGUUUUGGUUUCUUUAGCCACGGCUAUGACGGUGUUCACGUUAAAUGUUCAUCAUCAAGGGUUACAUGGUGGUCCUGUGCCACCUUUCUUACAAAUUGUUUUGUUCAAAAUACUUGCGCCUAUCAUAUGUAUCCGACUGGAACCUUAUCAUUCAAUAACUCAACAUGUCCGGCAUAUGUAUGCUAAAGAUCAUCCGGAAGACAUGCAGCCGUUCUUAGCACAGUUGAAACCGGCUUGUGAUGACAACAAGCCAGUGAAACGCAAACCAACACUGUCGAACGAAGUUCAUAACGAGGAGUAUUCCAUCAACAGUAGUCCCAAACGGGUGAAAAAGGUUUCGUUCUCUUCGCCUGCUCAUACAGAUCUUUCACGGAAGAAAUCUGUAGCUUACUUAUCAAAACCAGCCGACACGAAUAACACUGAUACUACUAUUGAUCCGUUUGAACGGGAGUUUUUGAAAGUUAUGACUAUGGUUCACGCUAGCAUAGAAAGGAAUGAGAUGCGUGUUGCAGAGAAGGAUAGGAGGGAUGCUACACAAUUAGAAUGGCACCAGGUUGCCAUGGUAUUGGACAGGUUUCUUCUGAUCGUAUUCCUUAUUGGAACUGCCUUAUCGUCUUUUGUUAUUCUUUAUCAGAGGGAGUUAGGAAUCUUCGAAUGA